AUGGAGGAACCGAGGGAGCCCUACUCUCCAUCAAAUUUGCCACCGGCUGAACCCGUGUCAAGGGUCACCAUGAAGACCUUCCUGAGUGUCAUCUGUGUCUUCGUUAUUGCCCAACUUGUGGGGACUGUCCUCUACAUUUUGCACCUUCACAUCAAGUUAGACAAGAUGGGCAACGACCUGACGUUACAUGAAGAUUACGUGUUCCUGAAACGAGUGCAGAAUUGUCGGAAACCACAGGGGGAUGAUGUCUCCUUUCUAGAUUGCGUGAAGAUUUCAGAAACCUUCCGAGAACUGAUGGAUUUUCCCCAAAAGGUUCCAGAGCAAAUUGUGCCAGCUAUGCAAACAGGUAACCCAAAGCGAGGUGCAAGCAUUCACUUGGCAGGUGUGAGCACCCAGAACAAAGUUCUACACUGGAAGAGUACGAUCUAUGCCCCAAAGGAUGAGGCGUUUUCCAACUCGGAUGGAAAAAUCACAAUUAGCAAAGAAGGGCGGUAUUACAUUUACGCCCAAGUCACCUUUUGCAGCAAGCCAGAUCUGCGUGCCCCGUUCAAUGUCCUUGUCUAUCUCAACCUGCCGUUGGAGACAGAUCAACUGCUCCUGAAGGGUGUGGGAACUUACAGCAGCUCAGUGGACAUGUGUGGCUUGCAGUCCAUCUACGUGGGCCGGGCCGUGGAACUCCAGUCAGGCCACACGGUCUUUGUGAACGUAACGGACAUCUCCCGAGUAAAUUAUGCCCACGGGAACACCUACUUUGGCCUUAUUCAGCUCUCCUAGAAAAGGCUCUUCGUUCUGUGGCCCAACGUCACUUCUCCUGCCCUCCAACCAUAUUUAUGAACUCUU